AAAAAGAAGAAAUAAAAACAGAAGGAGAGAAAAAAACAAUUCCAUUCAGUAUGGAAAUAUCUAUUAUUUCUAUUAAUCAAUUUUGAAAUCGCGAUCGCGAUCGGUGGAAUGAGUGGAAGAAAAAGAGAAAAAAGACAGAAUAAAUAAAUAAAUAAAUAAAUAACUACAUAAAUAAACGAAUGAACGAACAAAAUCGAUGCAAUUCGAUGCAUCGACAAAGUUUAAUCUUUGUGGGUGUAUAAGAGAUAUAGGUGACGAACUCUUUUUCGCGAGAUCGUUCUGUUAUUCUUAAAAGGUCGACUUAUAAAUCAUUCAUAAGCGACUUGUGUAACGAGUCGUGAUUAAUUACUAUUAUCUUUCUUUCUCUUUCUCUUUCUCUCUCUUUCUCUCUCUCUCUCUUUCUCUUUCUCUUUCUUUCUCUAUCUCACACACAUACAUACACGCAUAGAAAUACAUAUGUAUGAGAUAGAAAAAUCGGUGAGAGCAACCGUGUGAAACAUAAGGCAGGCCCAACGUUUCUUCUCGCUUUUCUCGUCUAUCAAAUUCGACGUUGAAGCUAUCAUCUCUCGGCUGACUAAUUAUCACAAGUCCGAGACGAAUUAAGUACGGUCAAAAGUUGUACUCAGGAUGUAAGGGAUGUAGCAAAGAUCCAAACGAGCUUAUCUUUGCCCUCGAUCUCUUCUCCUCAUCCUUCUCCUCGUCCUCCUUCUCUUCUCUUCUUCCUCUCUGUCUUCCUUCUCUUCCUUCUUUUGCUUCUUAUUCCUCUUCUUCUUUUUCUUCUUCAUCUUCUUCUUGUUCCUCUUAACUUAACGUUUCUCUCUUUACCGGCAGGAUGCAACUAACAUAAGCACGUUUCAAAGACGAUGGGCGACUUCUUAUCUCUUGUCAUUAAGCCUCUUGCGACGUUAUUUGCAUUCGCUUGCUACAGAAUGUUUGCGUUAACCGAUCUCGAAUCGAUUAGAUUCGAGAAGGAUGGACUUGAUAUGAAAUAUGUGUAUGUAUGUAUGUAUGUAUGUAUGUAUGUAUGUAUGUAUGUAUGUAUGUAUGUGCAUGAAUACAUGUACGAUAAGAAAUCAAUUGAGAAUAUAACGUUGAUUUAUAAAUAAACGAACGAGACGAUCGAAGAGAAAAUGUUUCUAUUGAAACGAUCGAAAACGUUAUAAUCGAAGAAAACGAAGAGGAGAGAAAGAAGGGUUAUUAUCGUCGACGAAAAAAAAUAAAUAAAUAAAUAAAAAAAGAAAAGAACAGGAAGUCGACGUGAAAGGUUAGACGUAAGAUUUCUAUGCAGUAACAAUUGAAAAAUGAAAAAAUAUAAAUAAAGAAAAAAGGAUCUUUCCUCGACUUCUGCGAGAUUGAAGAGACGCGGUGAAAGAGAGACUUCUUCUCGAGGAGGAUCUACGUAUAAAAAGAAACAUAAAUAAACGAAUAAAGAAAUAAAAAAAUAAGAAAAGAAAAAAGAAAUAAAAUAAUACUAACAGUAGAGGUUAACGUUUAAUGGCGAAAGUCAAGAAAGUAACCGUCGCGCUACAGAGCGAGGUUAACAACGAAGAAGAUUGGCAAGAAUUGUUAGAACGGCCAGGUCUUAUAGUAGUUGACGUUUAUUCCGAUUGGAGUGGACCUUGCGUAGCUAUGAUCGGUAUCCUACGAAAAAUCAAAAUGGAGAUUGCAGGCGAAGCGAUAAACUAUGCGAUUGCUAAGAACGACGAGAUCGAAGACCUUCAAAGAUUUCGUGGUUUGAGCGAACCAGUAUGGAUGUUUCUUCAAAAUGGUAAAAUGGUUAACCUGAUAUUCGGUGCUGACGCACCGGUAUUGCAAAAAAAAUUGUUGACCGAAUUCCGAAGGGUUCAGGAGGAUAUAUCGCCUUCUUGGGAAAUUUCUCCUAGUCAACGUGGUCCCAAAGAAGAUGCACGAUGGCAAAAGGAGGAAGCCGUAAGGAAAUUGAUCGAGGAUAAGGAGAGAGAAGAGAAAGAGACUAAGGAGAAGGAAGAAUACGAAAGGUUUAUGAAACAAAUGACGUUGGAACUUAGCGAAUUGAUGAUCGUUGUUAUGUAUCCAUGGGUAUUUAAGGAUAGUCAAGGGAAUCCAAAGAUCAAAAUGCAAUGUCUACCUUAUACGGAAUUGGUACGUGAUCUACUCCGACAAUUAUACGAUGUUCAAGAGGAAUUAAGGAUUCAACUUGACGAGGAUAGUAUAAAGAAAAUGUUCGUCGAGAGUAACGUCGUAAUUAACGACGAACUUAUAACAGGCUUGACCGAUGGCAAAUGUAUGGCUAUUAGAUUGAAAGCUAGACCACCGCCAACAGAAUGGCCUAUUCCUUAUCCUUACGUAUGCUCUGACGAUGUACCACCUGAAAAUUGUCCUGUAAGAGCUAUAAACGACGUUGAAAAUUUUUUUCACGAUUUGUUAGAGACUCAAUCAUAUAGAAAAACCAUUGUUGGUGAUUUGUUCAAAAUGCCAAGAGAUUCGAUAAGUGGUACAUAUAUGGAAAGACAUUUUUACGAAUACGAGGCUGAUCCAGAAGACGAAGAAGAUACAAGUAGAAUCGAUCCACCUAUUUGGGCACCUUCUAAUGUAUUCAUAUUUGCAAGAAGUAAAGUACACGUUUUCCUAACACUAUUCCCAGAAUACAUGGCCGAGAAUCAUCCUUACGAAGUAGCAAAACCACCAGCCCCUUUUUGUGCCUUUAAAUAUCAUGCCAAAAAGCUUGAAGAUUUGAAAAAUAGCGUUGAAAGUUAUUCAGAAGCCAUUGUAUAUUUUGGUGCCUUUUUGUACGACGAUCCUCUCUUGAUACGAAAGAUUGCUGACAAUAUUGAAGAGUUUAAAAGAAAAGUACCGAAAGUAACGACAGAGGUCUUCAUAGUUGUUAUCCGAAAGAUAAACGAAGAAGUUUUCUUAGGAUUUGCUGGAAUCAAUCCCUAUUAUGCCACUGAGAACGAAGAUGAGGUAAAAAAAGUGAUCGCCAUUUAUUUCUCAGAGGAAAAGGAGGUUAUUGAAGAUUAUUAUUACGCGGCAGAAGAGGAGGUGGAGGAAGAAUAUUACGAAGAAAACGUUUAUUAUUAGCUUAGAACGAAGGAAAUGUAUGUCUGUGCCCGUGUAAAAAAAAAAAAAAGGAAACAUAUAUAUGGAGGACAGAAAGACGUGUAGAUUCGUUUUUACACAUGGCAGUAAGUGCACAUUCGUCGAUUAGCUCGAUAUCAUCAUCGAUAAGAUCGCAAAAACAAUAAUAAUGUGAGAAUGAAAUUUAUGACUCUUAGAAUUGCGAGUGGGUGGCACGUUUAAAAUAUCAUCGAAAAUGAAUACUCAUGAUUAUUCCAAGGUUAAAAAUCUGUAGACAUUUUUAUCGAAUUGAAUAAGCUACGAAUGUGUUUCGAUUUGCACAUACAUACAUGCAUACAUACAUACAUAUAUGUGUGUAUAUAUAUAUAUAGAAUAGAAGCUAAUAAAUAAAAUGCAAACUCCUUAAAGUAUAGUCCUUUUCAAUCAGAAACUUGAUAGUGACUAAUCUUUUAUCGUUUGGAUUGACCCAAACAAUUAAACCAUUAACCAUUUCAGACUUCUACCGUGCAUAUAUAUUAAAUUAUCGCGCCAAUCGACCAUUUUGAUUUAUAUUUUUAACCUUUCGAUUUGUAUGACAUUACAUUUUAUUGUCCGAACUCGAGGGGAAAGGGGAAACUAUUGUAU